CAUAGCAAGCGUUUGAUCAUCAAAAACAUUUCGGGCACUUCGAGAAACUCAAGUAAUUGUUGAAGCACAAUGGAUCUCUUAGGAUCUAUAAUGGGAUCCAUGGAAAAGCCUCCUUCCAUAAGUGAGUCCGACAAAAAGAAGAUAAAAGCACAAAAAGCUUUAUUGGAGAAGCAGCAAGACUUGGAACGUAGAAAGCUGGAAGACUUUCGUGUGAAGAUUCAGUCAAAGAUAAGUGCAUUUAUAAAAGAUGGAAAACAAGAGAAGCUCAAGUUUGAACCAAUGGAAACGACUUACAGAGCAAUCGUACAUGAUAUAGCAGAUAUUGCCAGUCUCACUUCAUUCUCAUUCGGCCUGGAAGAGCAGGACAGAUAUGUGAUGAUAUGGAAGAAGGAGUUUGCGCCAUCUGAUGAAGAGCUGCUGGCCUACAGAAGGGAUGAGGAGUGGGACCCAGUGAAGGCUAAACAGAUGGCAGAAUUGAGAGCUCAGGAGAGACUUGCGGAGGACAGUAGACCCGGGAAGAGGAAGGUCGUGCCAGCGUCCAACUAUCACGACAAGUAUCGCCACCUGAUAGGUGACACUGCAGCUAAGGAGGCAGCGCAGUCCACCGUCACCAACAGGACAUACGGCUUCGUGUCAUCUGAAAACAAGCGAGACCAGAGAACGAUAGAGCAAGUGUUGGCCGAUGCAAGGGCAAAGAAAAAACAGAAGACAGAACAUGUGAGACAUCCCUCAGACUCACAAGAUGAGGGCCUUAAUUCACAGUCACAGACCGAUCAACCCACACUACAAACAAGGGCAGAUAACUUAUAGCCCUUGUCACUUGUUUUUAAAACUUUUUAUGUUUAAAGUCAAUGUGUAUAAUUUGUGAGGCAAUUGUCCCAUGAAGAGUCCACAAAAAAGGCUCAAAAGUUGAUGGUCAAGUGUUUUUAAGUUGUUGUUUUUAAUGUUCAUGAACUAAAUCAAAUUUUACAGAAGAAAUGAUACGGUAUAAAGGACAAACUGCCUUGCAGCCUGAAAGGUAGCUCCCCUCUGGGAAAGGGGCUUGAAUGCUUGUGCGUUAAGUGUUGUCCUAGAUUAGCCUGUGCAGCCCACACAGGCUAAUCAUUGAGGACACUUUCCUUCUUAAUUGGAUUUUUGCAAAAAAGAGACUUAAAUUAAAACAAAAAGUAUACAAAAAACCAAAUGUGUUGUUUAUUAUAUAUUCUCUUCAAACCAUAUUUACUUUACUACAAUUCCAAACAUGUUAGAUUUGUGAUACUGGCCUUUGUCUUUCGAAUGUUUUUGUGUUAUUUGUGUUGCACUGCUUGUUUUCCUCCGCCAUCGACGGAGGGAUAUUGUUUUGGCGAUGUCCGUCUGUCUUUCGGUCCGUCUUUCCGUCCGUCCGUCCGGAGCCAUAUCUUGGAAGUUCUUUGGCGGAUUUCAUUGAAACUUGGUAUGAGUAUAUAUAUGGAUGAGAGAUGAUGCACGCCAAAUAGCGUUGUACACCAUCUUGUAAUAACGGAGUUAUGGCCCUUUGUAUCUUGAAAAAAUGCUUUUUUGAGUGUCAAAUAUAACACUUUUGUGUCCAGAAGCAUAUUUGCGGGGAAUAUCAAUUAAACAAAUUUGCUUGUUUAAUAUAGCUACCAGAUACUUACUUAUUUUGUAAUUAAUUCAUUUUUAUAUUAGUGUAUCUUAAUUUAGACUGAUAUAAAUACACGUAUUUCUGCAUUAAAGUGAGUUGAAAUGCAUUAAAGGGUAUACACUUAAAUACUAUAAAUGUUAUGGUGUAAUCUUUUUAAUUAAACUGAUGAACAGUUUUAACAAGGAAAACGGGUAGUGAAUAUAUAAGAAUCAAUGCAGUCAUUUCAUCUGAAAUUAUUAUAGUGACAUAUAUCAGGUUAAUGUUUGAGAUCUCUACCAUUAUUCUUGUUGUUAUUGAGUUAUUAAAUAGUUGAACUAUUUUUAUGCCCCCCUUUGAAGAAGAGGGGGUAUAUUGUUUUGCACAUGUCGGUCUGUCGGUCAGUCCGUUCACCAAAUGGUUUCCGGAUGAUACCUCAAGAAGGCUUAGGCCUGGGAUCAGGAAAGUUCAUAGGUAAAUUGGUCAUGACUGGCAGAUGACACCUAUUCAUUUUCAGGUCACUAGUUCAAAGGUCAAGGUAGCAGUGAUUUGAAACAGUAAAAUGGUUUCCAGAUGAUAACUCAAGAACGCUUAAGCCUGAGAUCAGGAAAGUUCAUAGGGACAUUGGUCAUGACUGAUAGAUGACCCCUAUUGAUUUUCAGUACUCUAAGUCAAAGAUCAAGGUCACAGUUACUUGAAACAGUAAAAUGGUAUCCGGAUGAUAUCUCACGAAUGCUUAGGGUAAGGAUCAGGAAAGUUCAUGGGGGCAUCAGCAACUCCAUGAGUCACGCGAGCAAUUCUUUUUUAAAUUGCCAACCAUACUCUAACGUAUUCACACAAUGGCUGCCACUAAAACUGACAGCCCAUUUAGGGGGCAUGCAUGUUUUAAAAACAGCACUUGUUAAGGAAUUGUAUUUUAUAUAGACGUCUACAGACUUACUUAAAUAUUUGUUAUGCAUUUUUAAGCUCAUCAUUGUGUACAAUGUGCUAAAUAAGUUAAAAAUUAUUAAAUAGUGUUGUACUCAAGGUGCACUCAUAAGUUUAAAAGUUUGUUCACUAGAUAUCUAGGUGAUGGUUAAUACAUUUCAUUGCAGAGAUUGUGAAUUUUGAUACUAAUUUAAUAGCUGCUUUUUGUUCACAAAUGAACUGCCAAUUUACUGCAAUUAAAUACAAUAGAAGAUGUGAAGGCGCUUUUUAAAAAAUGGUGGCGGGUUUCUGCCUCCUCAUUCUUACAUUGUAGUGAGUUGAAGAAGGCUGCUAACACGCCAUCAUGUGAGAACAACAAAUGCAUUAUGUGGAGCAACAAAAUCUCUGAAGGCAUAGAGAAUUUACUAUUUCAUAUGGUGGUCCUAAAACAAAGUUGCAAUGGGUGUUACUUGUUUCCCUUUUAUGUAUAAAGUGAAAGCUUAGACAAACUCCCCUGAAACCGCAAGGCACAUGGGUUUGGUAUUUGACAUGUAGCAUUAUUUGGUGGUCCUCUACCAAGUCUCUUGUUCAAAUUUUGCCUCAUGGGCCAAAAAUGGGCCACGCUCUAGCGGUUACAUGUUUAGCUUUUAUGUACACAGUUAAAAUAAUCUUUUCUCAUUAGGAUCAGAAUUUUCGUAGAAGCUUUAUAUUUUAUUUAAGUGACAUAUAGUACAUACAUAUAAUAAUUAUUAUAUACAAUUUCAAAUCAAACUAAAAUAAUGAAAUGUUUAGAAUAUUGAAUCAAGAAAUAUUUUAUAUCAA